AUGGAAUAUCUAAAAGAAGGUAAGUAAUUAAUAUAAUUGUACAGUGAAUUGAUACUAACAACUUAUUCAGAUUUUGAUCCAAAGUCAUUGAAAGUAGCUGAUUUAAGAAAAAUAUUAAAUUUACAUAAUGUUUCAUAUUCAAGUGAUGAUAAGAAACUGAAAUUGAUUUCAAUUUUCAAUGAUGAAAUUGUACCUAAACGUAAAACAUUAUUAAAAAGCUAUGAGAAAAAGAUUAAAAAUGUAAAUGAUAAAGAUUUCAUCGAUGCAACACAUAAUGAUUUAAAUAGUGAUGAAAUUAUACCUGAUACAGAAGAAGAAACAAAUCAAGAAAUAACAAGAGAAUCAAUAAAUCAAGAUAUAACAACAGAGUCGAUAAAUCAAGAUCAAACAAUCUCACCGAAAUUAGAAAAAGAAUCAAAAACAAUUAAGAAAAUCCAAAAGAAGAAACCAAAAUCAUCUUCAAAAUCUGACCGUUCGAAAAAAGACAAAAUUGAAGAGUCUGCUAAUACUUCAAUUACAUCAAAUAAGGGGAAAGAAACGAAAAAAGAUAAAGCAGAAGUAUCAAUUAAUACUUCAAUUGCAUCUAAUGGGAAAGAAGAAACUGAUAAUUCAUUUAGUUCUGAAAAUGUAUUUCAAUCAUUUGAUAAUUCAACUGCUUCUACAUCAAGUAAGAAAAGAAAACAUGAAGAAAAUGAUGAUAAAGAUUUAAAAAUUAAGAAAAAAUCAACUGGAUCAAAAUCACUUAAGAUCAAAUCUCCUUCAAAUAAAUCAGUUGAUGAUCUGAUUAAGACUGAAACUGGUCAAAGUGAUAAAUCCUUCAAGACUAUAGAAGAAGAAAUUGCAAAUUUUGAUGAAAAUCAAGAAAGGAUAAGAAAUAAGAAAGAAGAAUUAGCUAGAUCUUUAGGUAUUAAUAUUCAAGGAUUUCAACCACCAAAAAUUGAAAAUGUAUCAACUCCAACAAGCAGUUCAACACCAAAAAAGGAAAUCAAAUUGUAUCAUAAAACAGGAGGUGAUGAGAAAACACCAGCAAAGUCAAGUCCACAUGUUAAAAAAGAAUUGAAGUCAACUCCAGCAAAAUCAAGUCCUAAAAUUGAGAAACUAAGAUCAGAUAAAGUACAAACUCCAGUAAAAUCAAGUCCUAAAGUUGAAAAAUUAAAAUCAAAAGAUGUGAGAACUCCAGAUCAUGAUAAAAAAGUAACUCCAUUAAAAAUUAGACUUGAUACUCCAAAUAAAAAAGCAACUCCAAAAAGGUCACCUAUAAUUACUAAAUCAGCGAUAACUCCAAAACCUAGAUUAAUUUCAAUUUCAUCAAAAGCUGCUGAAAGUGAUGAAGGAGAUUCAGAUGAAGAAUUAGAAAAAUCUGCAAAUACCAUAGUACCACUUUCUGAUAAAAUUAAAACUCCUAAAUCAUUAAAACCUAUUUUAAUUUAUUUUCUUGUAUGGUUAAGUUUAAUAUUUAUUGGAAUUUUUGGAUAUUGGUAUCAUGAACAACAAUAUUUAGUAGGUUAUUGUGGACAAGAAAUUGAUCAAAUUACAUUUAAAGAUCUGGAAUAUUUAAUAUUAAAAAAAUCAGGAGAAUUAUUAGAUCAUUAUUUUAAACCUAAAUGUAUUCAUUGUCCACCAAAUGCAAGAUGUUUUCCAACUUUACAAAUUGGUUGUUUUGAAGAUUAUAUGGAAUAUGCACCAUGGUAUGAAUUUUUAAGUCCUGGACAUAAGAAAUGUAUACCAGAUACAAAAAAAGCUGAGAAAAUAAAUAUUAUGAUUGACGUAGCUUUGGAUUUAUUAAGAUCUAAAAAUGCAAAUGUUCAGUGUGGAAAAGGAUCAAAUGAUGAAGAAUCAGGAAUUAGUGUAAAUGAUUUACAUGAUUUAUUAUUAUCUAUGAAAGCUGCAUAUAUUACAAUUGAAGAAUUUGAAGAAUUAUGGAAUAGAUCAAUGGUUGAAUUAAUGAAAGAACCAGAUAUAAUAGUAAGGCAAGUACGAACUCCAACAUUUUAA